GUUGACGUUUGUCUAAAAUGCCAUUGCCAAUGGCCGUCAGUAGUUUAUUGUUUGAUUUGUUGGAAUGGUUUAUGCAAAACUGGUAAAAUGCCGCAUUGACUUGAAACGAAAUCGCUUUAAACGUGAUUCGACAAUCUAAAAAUUUCUUUUAACAGUGUUGUGUAUGUGGCAGUUUCAAUUUUAUUGUUAGACUGUACAGGCGGGAAACGACUCAAUACUAUUCGGUGAAAUUGGGGUUUAGUCUUGAAAAAAAUGUCGAGAGAAUCUUUAAACGAAGUAUUGGACAAAUUCGCUCAAGUCACUGUAGUUUUAGUUGAGACUUCCAAAAUUAAAGAACAAUUAGAAAAAUCUUCAAGCGAUGAAAAAUUGCAAGCGAUUAUUGAGCAAACUGAAGUGCAAGUCAACAGUUUAGUCAAACACGCAACUUCUGUUAAAGAACUGUUUGAUAAGAAAAUGAAAACAGCUGAGAAACUCCUUGCAAAUGGAGUUGAUAUAAAUAAAAACACAGAAAUGAAUGAUGAUUUAAGUACGCCUGCAAAUGGAGAAAAUGAACCGGAAAUGAAACCUAAGAUUAAAUUAGUUGAUAUUAACAAACUAGUGGAGCCUAGAGAAAAACCUGAAAAAACUGUGAGAUUUGAUGAUACUGUUGUACUAAUAACUAGCUCAGAUGAAAAAUCUGAUGAUGAGAAACUGACAGAGCCGCCUCUUAUUGAGAGUGUUGGGAAGAGAAAAGCUGCAGCUAAAACUAUUAAAAAGACAAGACAGUCGUUACAAGUUUGUACAAGUACAAGUUCAAGUUCAGAGUCUAGUGAUGAUACAGACUUCAUAACCACAACAAAACCUAGAAGAAGUAAAAAUCUAAAUAAAACUACACAUGAAAAUAGAUUCAGAAAGAAGAAAACAGUACCUAUGAACAAGAUCGUUUUGUCUGAUACUGACAGUUCUGAAGAUUUGGAGACAGUAAAACUGAAAAAUAGUAAAAUUAAAGAAAAAAAGAAACCAAAAAAAGUUGAAGAAAAGAAGACAAGUGACGAAGAGAGCGAUAACGAACCUGCUUUUGACUGGAAAAAUGACCCCAAAUUUAAGUUAAAAUGUUACGUUAAGCUUAUUAGAAUUCCCUGUGAAAAACUUAAAGAGCAUUAUUUAGGAAAUCUGGAAUUGCUGGAAAUAAAAAAAUUGACUGACUUGAACUCGUUACAUAAAAAAAGAAGAAGGUCAGGUUCCGAUAGUUCAACUUCUAGUGAAAAUACAAACAGGAAAAAACGUAAAAGGAAAACCACAAAGAACCAAGAAAAUUCGGAAAAGGGCAACUCAUCUGACGCUACUAUUUCUGACCUUGAUGAGGGGACAAAUGGCAGUCCUUUAUCUGAAGUUCAGAAAAAUCCUGAUUUGGCCAAAGGAAAUUCAGAUACGGAAUUAGCUGAAGAUGCUCUUAAUUUGCUUAAUUCUGAUAAGGAGGGUAGUGACGAUAAAGAGGAUACCCCAGGGGAGAAUCCCGAAAAUUCCGAUGUCGAGCACAGCGGACAAAAUACCGCAGAAAAGGAUAUGGAAAAUAUGGAACAUGUUCAACCUCCAGAAGGUGCCUCAGAUGUGGAUCCUUUACAAAUUGAAAAGGAGAGUCAAAACGUUGAUAAACCAGAGGAGGCACCCGAGAAGAAUUCCACAAAUGAAACAAACGAGAAUGAGCAAGAUAAUACUGGAAAAGACGAUAAUGGAAGUGAAAAAACUAAUGACGAUCAGUCAGAAAAAGAAGCAAAUGAAAAAUCUGAGGAGAAUUCAAAAUUGGAUGAAAACAAAGUUGAAAACAACUCGGGAAAAAAAUGGCGUAAGGAUAAACUUCUUACUUCCAAGCUUUCCAGCAGUGAUUCAGAAGAAGAAUUUGCGAAGUUUCGCAGAAAGAAAGAGAAAAUGAAUGAAGAGGUUGGCAGCGAUGACGAGCCAAAGCUCCCCAAGGACAAAAAAAAGAGGUUAAUGAAAAAACGAAUCAAAAAAGCGAUUUUAUCAGACUCUGACUCUGAUAAAAAGGACAGUUGUGACGAUUUUCAACAAGAAUCUAGCAGCUCGUCCUCAGACUCAGAGGAAGAGAAAGAGAAAAAAAGAGAAGAGGAAAAGUCAAAACCUGCUCGAAAACGAGUAAAACGGGUAAAAGACAGUAGUGAGGAUGACGACGAAGAAAAAUCAACACGUAAACAAAUUCGAAACAUUUGGGGGCGAGAUUCUCUUGCUGAAACCACGAAACAAGCCGAAGCCGAAGAAAAGGAACGAAAAGCGCGAAUCCUUGAAAAACAAAAGAAGUACAACCAAAUCUACGAAUUCAGCUCACAACUGAACGCAAAAGUUGAAAAAGUCGUUCUUGACUUUGACGAAAAGAACCAAAAAGAAUUGUUAAAAGUGGAUGAUUGCUUAGUUUCGAAAUUGAAGCCGCAUCAAGCCAGUGGCGUCCAGUUUAUGUGGGAUGCAUGUUUCGAAUCCUUAGAAAGGGCCAAAACCACGAAAGGGUCGGGAUGCAUCCUGGCACAUUGUAUGGGUCUAGGAAAAACAUUACAGGUCAUAACUUUGAGUCACACUUUACUAACAAAUAGUGACAAAACAAACGUGAGAAAAAUCCUUGUCGUAAGCCCCCUUAACACGGUUUUAAAUUGGGUCAGCGAGUUCAAACAGUGGCUUCCCGAUUGCACUGAGUAUGAAGUUUACGAAUUGGUUUCAUUCAAGCAAAAUUACGAACGUCAGUAUCAAGUAAAGAAUUGGCACGAUUAUGGUGGCGUUUUAAUUAUCGGCUAUGACAUGUUUCGUAAUUUGAGUAAUCCAGAAAGUAAGCGAUUGAGCAAAAAAAUGCGGUCGGUAUUUCAGGAAGCUUUAGUCGAUCCAGGUCCGGAUUUGGUGAUUUGUGACGAAGGCCACUUGCUCAAAAACGAGAAAACUAACACAAGUAUUGCAAUGAAUCGUUUGAAGACAUUACGAAGGAUUGUUUUGACGGGGACACCACUGCAAAAUAAUUUGAAAGAGUAUUUCUGCAUGGUGCAAUUCGUUAAACCGAAUUUAUUGGGGACAUAUAAGGAGUAUUUAAAUCGAUUCGUUAACCCCAUUACCAAUGGACAAUAUACCGAUUCGACUCCCCACGAUAUUCAAAUUAUGCGAAAAAGAUCACAUGUUUUACACAAAAUGUUGGAUGGAGUCGUCCAAAGACGAGAUUACUCAGUUCUGGAACCGUAUUUGCCCCCAAAACACGAAUAUGUAUUAUUUUUGAGUCUUACAGAGACGCAAAUAAAAUUAUAUCAACAUUACAUGGACCGUUUUGCACGAACUGGUGACGGUUCGAAUCGUACUUCGUUUUUAUUUGUCGAUUUUCAGGCCUUGCAAAGAAUUUGUACCCAUCCACGAGUGCUCCUCGAUAAGAGUAUUGAAAUGAAGUUGGCCAGAGAAAAACGGGAUGAUGAAUCGGAAGAGUCGGAAGGCUCAUUAAAAGACUUUAUCAAUGACGACGAAGAUGAUGAAACUACGCCGUCGUCGAAUUCCAGUUCGGAUGAAGGAGGGGAGAAAAAGACCGCAGCGCCAAAGAAACGCCUAACAAGAGCGACAGCCGCAUUAGCCAAAGAAAAUGGGGAGCCGGAGGAAGUCGUUGCUCUUGAAGACCCUGUGAAGAAGGAAUGGUGGCAAGAAUAUUGCGACGGUGAUGAACUCAACAAUAUUGCACAUAGCUCAAAAUUGUUUUUGUUGUUUGAGAUUUUAAAAGAAUGUGAGCAAAUAGGGGAUAAAGUAUUGGUAUUUUCGCAGUCGCUUUAUUCUCUUAAUAUCAUCGAGUAUUUCCUCGGAAGAAUUCAUGACGCCACCCAAGCCGGUGAAACGGACUCUGUAGGGGGUUAUAGCGGCUCAUGGUGUCUCGGAUUGGAUUAUUUUAGGUUAGACGGUUCCUCAUCAUGUGACAGUCGAAGUAUUUGGUGUAAAACAUUCAAUAAUCCUACAAACACUCGAGCUAGAUUAUUUUUAAUUUCAACCAAAGCCGGCGGUUUAGGUAUUAAUUUAGUUGCCGCCAAUCGUGUUAUUAUUUUUGAUGUAUCGUGGAACCCCUCUCACGAUAUCCAGAGCAUAUACAGGGUGUAUCGCUUUGGACAAACAAAACCGUGCUAUAUUUAUCGUUUCGUCACUUUGGGUACAAUGGAAAUGAAAAUUUACGAAAGACAGGUUACAAAACAAGCGAUAUCGAAACGUGUCAUUGAUGAGCAACAAAUCGACCGACAUUACAAUCAGAAUGAUCUCGCUGAAUUAUACAAAUUUGACCCCAAACCUGGUGAACGACCGAUUCCGCUUGUACCCAAGGACGUACUCUUAGGUGAACUCUUACAGAAGUUUGAGGACCGAAUUUACAAAUACCACGAACAUCAAACACUCCUUGAGAAUAAAGAAGCGGAGGGUUUGAAUGAGGAAGAACGCAAAGCAGCAUGGGAAGAGUUUGAAAAUGAGAAGAAACAAAGACAUAAUUAUUUGGGUAACAGUUAUUUGCGCGCCGCUAAUGUCCAAGUGGCUUUGGCCAAUUUGUUAAGAAAAGAAAAUCCGAGUCUUAACGAAACGCAAAUUAAAGAAAUGUUGCCAAUUCUACAAAGCCAGAUGCAAGAACAAGUCACGCGGGGCGAUUUGACUUUGUACAAACGAGUCCAGCAUGAAUUACAGAUGGUUCAAGCCAUCCAAAAUCAGAGACUCAAAGAACAGUUCUACCAACAGCAAGCCUUAAGGAUGCUACAACAGCAAAAAAUGCCUCAACAACUGGCAACAGCGAUGAACUACCAGAACGCAGCAAGUUGGUUGGAGCAGUACAUGAAUCAGUUGCCUGGCACAAGUCGUGCCCCACCGGUUUAUAACCCGAAUGACGUAAUUGAUUUAAAUGAUUAGUUAUAAGAAUUCGUCUUUAUGUUGUGAAAGGAAAGAUUCAUAAGUUUCAUAGCCCAAAAUUUUGUACAUACAAUUUUGUUUUGUUAUUUAUCUAUUUAAAAAAGUAAUAAAUAAAACCCAAUUUCUA